AUGGCUGCUGCCAUCACCAGCUGGGUGCUCAACCCAAUCCAGUCUUUGACAAUGUCUCGACCGCGUACUCGCAAGUUAUGGUGCACUUUAUCCCAUGAUCUUCAGCAGUCAUUUCCUAUAGAGUGUGCUGCAGACCAAGAUGAUAUUGACACUCUCAAAAAGAAGAUCUGGGAUCGUUUACCAGCACGCUUUGAAGAUACUCUAACCGACUACAGUGAGCUCAAGCUCUACAGCCCUGUUGUGCAACUCAAUUAUGAAGAGGAGUUUGAUGUGAAAAAUGGUGAAUUCCUACGCCCACGCCGAAUGAUCACGUUCAACCCACUCUUCCCUGAAAGCAAGGAUCCAGAUGUGGAUAUUGUUGUUGUUGUGAGCGGAGAUACCACUACACGGAAACGGAAGCGCUCUGAAUCACAAGGUGUGAACUUACCUCCGGAACGGCCCAUCACAGAGGAACCACGCAUAUGUCCUCGAGAGCGUACAGUGUCAGAACUCGCGGCCAUUUUGGAUGACGUGAACAUAGUCCAUGUGCGUGGGACUCCAGCCAGUGGGAAAACAUAUCUCUCUGAACUCCUGAGGGACCAUUAUCAAAAAGAGGGAAGAAGGGUUUUUUUGAUCACAGAAUGGGAAAAACUGAAUCCCAAGAAUCCUUGGGGAAGUUUUGUCAAGCUUGUUAAGAAUUCAAAUGAAGAACUAGAAGAUGCCCCUGCUAGUUUCAACACAACUUCAUCACAGUCAGAACAGGGUCACUCUUGGGUUGUGACAUCAGACACUGUGAUUCUCGUGGAUGAGGCACAGAAGACUUACAGUGAUUCUGUGCUCUGGAACACAAUUUUCAAAGAGAGACAGAAGUCUGUCUGUGCAUACAAUUUUCGACUAUGUCUUUUCUGCUCUUAUGGCAGUCCAGGCACAGGCCCAGAUCAAACAUUCUUCACUCCAGUUACCCUUGUCAACAAACAACGCAUCUCAUUGACACCACAAAGCCAGCCAGGCUCACCAUCUAUAGGCUUAUUUUACAGCAAAGAAGAGUUCAGGGAUGUUGUUUCACGAUUGAUCAAGUAUCUCUAUAAGCAAAAGUUCAGUUUUGAUGAAGGUGCCCUGGACUACAUAUUUGUGCUAUCAGGUGGUCAUCCAGGAGCGGUUGAAUCCCUAGUCAAUGUAAUUUUCCAGAACUACCGCCAUGAGAUCAAGCAUAGACAUCUUAGAACCUUGACAGAAGAUCAUGUCAUCUGGUUCCUGGAGGAUACUGCCACAGUCUUUGACAAGCUUAGUAGAGAGUCAGUUAAUCGCUCUUUUCCUCGUAUAGAGAGGUGCACAAGCAAGAUUUCAAACAUAUUGAACAAAAUUACAGAGGAAGGAAGUGUUCCAUUUGAUCUCAAUGAUGCAGACAUCAGGUUCUGCUAUCAGAAUGGUUGGAUUCACAGGGUAGCUCUGGAUGGUGAUGAUAUUGCAGUUUUGCCAUCGCGCUUACAUGAAAAAUACAUCGAAUAUUGGAUUGGCACAAUGUCAAAACCCCUGCCUGCCAGAUUUGAUUCCCUACUGAAAUUAUGCAAAGAAAUUCUCAGCAAAUUCUCUAUCAUGAACUUAAGGCAUUCAGCUGAGGGCAAAAAAAUGUCAACUGCAUCACAACCCAAACCUGUGGAAGCCCAGUAUCAAAGUGAGUUCUACAGGGGAUUUGUCCAUACAGCAGGGCAAGGUGUACCGAUAUCCAGUGAAUGGUCAAGGACCAAGGAUGGUCGAGUGGAUUUCUAUAUCCCAGAAAAGAAAUGGGCGAUUGAAUUGUUGAGAAAUCAUAUCAAAGUUGAGGAACAUAUCUCUCGAUUCAAGGAGGGUGGCAAAUAUCAUCCCUGGCUGAAGGAGAAUAUGGUCGAGGAUUGGAUCAUAAUCAACUGUGCGACUUCCUUACCAACCAAAGAGUACUCUGAGUCUAGACUGUGGCAUGCUGUGUUUGUCAAUGAUUAUUCUGAAUUGCAGUUGUAUAACCAUCAGAAAGUUCUUAUGAUGUCUGUGCAUCUACGUGGCUGA